CACACUAAGCAGUUCUACGCCGCAACCCCCACACCCCUGACAGGACUGACAGAAAUGACUAGAAGCCCCGACGUGAUCCGCAGUGAUGGGAGCCGCGCAUGACGUCACGUCCCCCGCCCGCUGCGUGAGCUCAUGGCCGCAUCCUCAGCUCUGGGCUGGGUGUCUGAGCCGCCUCAGUGAGUCACCAUCUGUACUUCCCAAUCCUAAAAGAAUGCAACUUUCCUUAGAUAGUCUCAACACGCUGCUGGGCUCAACCACUCCACCCAAAAGGGGGGGACUGCUGCCUCACUGCCUUAUUGCCACUAUAAACCAGAGUAAAGUUACAGCUUGAGCAGACUCAGAGGUAGAAGCUCGUGUGCAGCCUCCUCACCCCUACGUGAUAUCAGCAGCGUGUAAUAGGAGAGGAAGUAUCCCCCCCGUGCCGUACAUGGUACAGCCCUGUGAUAGAGGUUGCACAGUGUCUGUUACAAUAGCAUUUCCAUCAGCUGCUCCUCUAGGCUUCUUUUAGUGAUUUCUCAGCUCCGGGAUCUACUGGGUGGAAAAUUCCCAUAGAGAAGAGCAAGAUCCCUGGUCAGCCUUUGAUCCCCAUUCACACCACGCAGAUCUGCAGCCAGCACACCGGGCUGUGUACAGGGAGGGGGCUGGACAAUAUUCUUCUUCCCUCCCUGGUGAUGAAGAGGAUUUUUCCCAACUGUUAGACGGAUUGUGUUGCCCUUAGGAAUGAGAGUGCAGCAGAGGAGCAGAAGUAGACCCUGAUAUUCCACAUCACCUCAGACACCCCCUGACUGGCACCACAAUACCCGACUACUGGAACUGCUCAUUGUACCCACUGAGGACAUGGACAAGACAAGAGAGGAUGCCACACAAGGGGGGGACACACAAGGUGUUGAAGCAACAACAGAAGAAAACGUACAGCCACCAGCAGAGCCUACACACCGCUCCGACUCUCGGUUAGCAAACGGACAGCCAAAUGCACAGACAGAAGCAGAAACUGCCAGCUCUACAUCUUUGACUAAGAGCCAAAUCUCACAACAGACUUGUGGACUUGAUACAGCACAGUCAGCUGAAAAGCCCACUUUUUCUUCACAAACAGAAGGUCCUUGUGUUUCCGCUGAGGAGGGGCCAAGAUUACCCAUUGAGGAUCACAGUUCUUUAUCACAGACUGAGAAACCAAGCACAUCACAAGUGGCUGAGAGUCCUAGUUCUCCAAAAGAACAGCAAAUAGUAAAAUAUGAUGGGACUUCUUCCCCUGCUGCCCAGUCUCCUACUCCAGCUGUUACUCCCAAACAAAAACUAGACACCCAGAAGGCAGAACAACGACAGAAGCAAGCAAAGGAAAGGAGGGAAGAAAGGGCCAAAUAUCUGGCUGCCAAAAAGAAUGUGUGGCUUGAGAAAGAGGAAAAGGCAAAGCAACUUAGAGAAAAACAAUUACAAGACAGGAGAAAGAAGCUGGAAGAACAGAGGCUCAAGGUUGAGAGAAAAAGGGUCAUACUGGAAGAACGGCAAAGGUUAAAGUAUGAGAAAAAUAAGGAGAAAUAUGAGGCAGCAGUCAGCCGUACCGCAAAGAAGACCUGGGCAGAGAUUCGACAGCAACGAUGGUCAUGGGCAGGUGCUUUGAAUCAGAACUCUCCGGGACAUAAAGGGGCUGUAAAUAGAUGCUCAGUGUCUGCAGUAAACCUUCCCAGGCAUGUAGACUCAAUAAUCAACAAGCGAUUAUCUAAAUCCUCCGCUACCUUGUGGAACUCACCAAACAGAAAUCGGAGCUUGCAGCUGAGCCCAUGGGAAAGCAGUAUUGUUGACCGUCUGAUGACACCCACGUUAUCCUUCUUAGCACGGAGCCGCAGUGCAGCAACACUACCUGGUAACAGCAGAGACUUGAGUUCCCUUGUAUGUCCCCGUUCUGCCUCUGCGAGUCCUCUCACGCCAUGUAAUAAUCACAAACAUCGCUGCUCUGAGCGUCGUAGGACCACAGCAGGCAGUCCUGACACAACACCCAGGAAGAGGAGUGAUUCGUCCCCAAAAAAGAAAGAAAAGAAGGAGAAAGAUCGAGAAAAUGAGCGUGAAAGAAGUGCUUUGAGUAGAGAGCGCAUCAUGAAGAAACGUCAGUCGCUUCCAACAACUAAGAGCCGUGCAUCACCUACACCAGAGAAAAGCUUGAAGUCUAAAAAUCGGCCGUCCUCUCCAUCUACCCCUACCAAGCGCCCAGUUUCGCCUUUUCCAAGUCUGUCAACACCUCUAACCACAAAACAGCCUUCCCCAAAGGGUUCUCAGGUGACACCCAAGUCAAAAGUUAAAACAGACAAACUAAGAGAAGAGAAGACCCCUGGAAAGGUGAAAGAGAAGAAAGCAGAACACAAGGUUGACAAAGAGAGACAGCCAUCCCCUGCGCCUCAACUAGAGGAAACCUCAAAGGCACAGGAAGCACCAGAAAGUGCCUCAUGUAGCACAGUACCAAAUAUAGACUCUAAAGCUGCAGCCUCAAAUGUCACUACUCCUGUACAAGCCUUCACGCCUAUUUCUGCUGCAGUGAACACUCCUUCCCCAGCCCCCUCUCCCAGCAAGCCAAUGGCUGGCACAACUGAUAAAGAGGAAGCUGCCCGUCUUCUAACAGAGAAGAGGCGACAGGCUAGAGAGCAAAGAGAGAAAGAGGAGCAGGAGAGGAGGGAGAGAGAAGAACAACAAAGACGAGAAAGAGAAGAGCGAGCACGUCGAGAGGCUGAAGAAAGACUUGAGAGAGAGGCUGAGGCCCGGCGUCUGGAGGAGCAGAGAAGAUUAGCAGAGGAGGAGAGACAUCAACAAGAAGAGGAAGAACAGAAAAAAGCUGCUGAAGAAAAAGCCAGGGUUGAGCGAGAAGAGAUGGAGAGACUACAGAAACAAAAAGAAGAAGCAGAAGCCAAGGCUCGCGAAGAAGCAGAAAAACAGAGACUGGAGAGAGAACAACAUUUCCAGAGAGAAGAGCAGGAGCGUCUGGAGAGGAAGAAGCGUCUAGAAGAGAUAAUGAAAAGGACACGGAAAUCAGACGCCCAAAAAAAGGAAGAUAAACAAGCAGUAAACGGAAAGGAGACCAAACAAGAAUCUACUCCUAGCAAAGAUGACGCAGAAUCAUCAGAAGAAAUCAUGAAGAUUGAGCUUCCAGAAAAGAAAGUGGUGAGGAUACAGGACAAAAUGGCAGCACCUGACUUGCCUCCAGGGGGACCAGGGCACAUAGUGAAUGGAGUACAACCCUCCAAACAUGAAAAUGGAUUCUCCUCUAAAGAUUCAUCUCCUGCAUUUGAGGAGGUGAUUACAUUGUCUGAAAUCAGCAGUUCCAAUGGAGAGAAAGUUAUUCCUCCUACAGAGCCCAUUAUUGCUUUUGGAGGUAAAGAUGCUUUCAUAAAAAAAUCAACUGUUCAGCCGCCUCAAAUAACAGAAGUCCUGUAACAUAGUCAACCAUUAGUUCCUGUUGGUGCCGAGGACCUUGGGAAACUAGCUGAAACUUUGGGACAAAUGUCAUUAUGUUUUGUUCUUUCUGCUGCUUGCAUGAAAGCAAAAUGGUUUCCAUUGUUGGUGGCUCCGUGAAUUGAAUGAGCAAAAAGGAAUAUGUUAACCACAACAACGGUGGUUACAACUAGGAGAAAUUACCAGUGCCACUAUCUACCAUUGACAAAUACUGGACACUUCUUAGUGGUAUUACUAUUGUGUUUUUUUUUUCUUUUUAACAUGCACCUUAUAUUAAAACAAGACUGACAAGGUUUAGCUCACAAGACAAGAAGAAACGUAAAAAGAGAAAAAAUAAAUAAACUAUUACAGCGGAAUAUCCCAGCCAUGGUUGAAAAUGCGUGGAUGAGCUUGCUGGUGUUCCUAAUUAUGUAGCUAUUUAAUAAGAGACUGCUGGGUACAAAGAUGUAUGUGAAUUCUGUAAAUAAAACCUCACAGUGUUACAUCGACA